GCCCAAGUCGCGGGUCCUGGAGCAGGAGAAAGGCGGUGGAGUGGCAUCCGAGACUAGGAAGCGCGGCGUUCGGCGGGAUCCUUUCCGGAAGCGGAAGCUCGGGGGGCGGGCCAAGAAGGUCCAGGAGCCCAAGGCGGUUAAUUCUUUCUACCGUCAGGCUUCACUUCCCUCGAUCUGGGCUUCUCUGAGGCUGCAAGAGAUGGUCAGGUCCGGGUCUCGACCCGGCCAGGUGUUAUCUUCAGGAAGGCACACUGGACCUGCUAAAUUAACAAAUGGGAAGAAAGGGACCCAUUUAAGAAGAAUAUCACGUUUUAAUGCAGAUUCUGGCUAUUCCAUCCAUUCUGAUUCAGAAAGUCAGGCUGAAACUCUUCAUGGGCUUGAUGGUUGUGCUUCUUUGCUGAGGAACAUUUUGAGAAAUGAAGAUUCAGGUUUAGAAACAGCAUAUUUAGAAAACAGAUCUAAUUCUAGACCUUUAGACAGCAGAAAAUAUGGAUCUAAAAAGAAAAGACAUGAAAAACAUACUGUUCCUUUCAUAGUCCGGAAAGAAACAUCAUCUUCAGAUAAUAAGAAACAGAUACCUAAUGAAGCUCCUGCUAGAAGUGAAAGAGACACAUCAGACCUAGAACAAAAUUGGUCAUUGCAAGAUCAUUAUAGAAUGUAUUCACCCAUAAUAUACCAAGCCCUCUAUGAGCAUGUGCAGACUCAGAUGUCACUGAUGAAUGACUUAACUUCAAAGAACAUCCCUAAUGGAAUCCCUCCUAUACCAUGCCAUGCUGUGUCUCAUACUGAAUCUCAGGCAACUCCUCAUUCUAGUUAUGGCUUAUGUACCUCCACCCCAGUCUGGUCACCUCAGCGGCCACCCUGCCCUCCAAAGGUUCAUUCUGUUUGAAACUCUUGUGACAGUCAGCUUGCAUCACAAGGUAAAACAGUUUCUGCAACCUGUACUGAUGUUCUACAGAAUUCAUUUAACACCAGCCCUGGAGUUCCACGUAGCCUGCCCAAAACUGACAUAUCAGCUAUUCCAACCUUGCAGCAACUGCGACUUGUUAGUGGGAUUCCGCCACAACAAGGAGUUCAUAAGGAAACAGACCUACUCAAAUGUUUUCAAACAUAUAUGUCUCCUUUUCGAUCUCAUGGAAAAGAAACACAUCUGGACAGUCAGACACACCGAAGCCCUCCUCGAUCACAGCCAGCUUUCUUGGCCACUAAUGAAGAAAACUGUGCCAGAGAGCAAAUUGGAGAGGCCAGAAGUGAAAGAAAGGAUUUAAACCUACGCGUGCGAGAUACAAAAACAGUCAAAGAUGUACAGAAGGCAAAAAAUGUGAACAAGAUAGCUGAAAAAGUUAGAGUUAUAAAAUAUUUGCUGGGAGAGCUCAAGGCCCUGGUAGCAGAAAAAGAGGAUUCAGAAAUUCAGAGGUUGGUUACAGAAAUGGAAGCAUGUAUAUCUAUACUUCCAGCAGUAAGCGGAAACACAGAUAUUCAAGUUGAGAUAGCACUGGCCAUGCAACCAUUAAGAAGCGAGAAUGCUCAGUUACGAAGGCAGUUGAGAAUUUUGAACCAGCAACUCAGCGAACAGAAUACUCAUAAGCCAUCUGGUGCUGCGGAUUGCAACCUUGAAUUGUUUUCUCUUCAGUUAUUGAAUAUGUCACUGCAAAAUCAAUUGGAGGAGUCACUAAAGAGCCAGGAAUUACUUCAGAGUAAGAAUGAAGAGCUCUUAAAAGUGAUUGAAAAUCAGAGAGAUGUAAACAAAAAAUUUACUAGCAUAUUUAAAGACAAAGAUCAAAUUAUACUUGAAAAUAAACAGCAAUAUGACAUUGAGAUAAGAAUAAAAAUUGAAUUGGAGGAAGCCCUAGUCAAUGUGAAAAACUCCCAGUUUAAGUUAGAAACUGCUGAAAAGAAAACCAGUUUGGGGAUAACAUUAUGUCAGUGUGAUGCUGAGGUGACUCGACUAAGAGAAUUAACCAGAACUUUACAGACUAGCAUGGCAAAGCUUCUCUCUGAUCUUAGUGUGGACAGAGCUCGCUGCAAGCCUGGGAAUAACCUUACCAAAUCGCUCUUGAACAUUCAUGAUAAACAACUUCAACAUGACCCAGCUGCUCACAUCUCCAUAAUGAGCUAUCUAAAUAAGUUAGAAACAAAUCACAGUUUUAUAUAUUCAGAGUCACUUUCUACAAUUAAAAAUGAGGCAACCAUAGAGCCAGACAAACCCUAUGAAAAGGUUCUGCCCUCCAGAGGCCCUCAACAUAGCAACACUAGGGACAUGGAGGAAGUAUCUACACCCGGAAUUAUUUCUGCCCUUUCAAAACAGAAUUCUGAUGAAGGGAGCGAAACUAUGGCUUUAUUAGAAAAUGAGCAUAAUUUGGAUAAUACAAUAUACAUUCCUUUUGCUAGAAACACUUCUGAAAAGAAAUCACCACUUUCUAAGAGGCUAUCCCCUCAGCCACAAAUAAGAGCCGCCAUAACACAGCUAGUCAGCAACAGUGGACUUGCUGUCUCUGGAAAAGAAAAUAAACUGUGUACAUCUGUAGCCUGUUCCUAUUCAACAAAGGAAACAGAAGAUGUACCUGAAAAGCUUUCCAGAACAUCCGAUAUGAAGGACAUACAGCUCCUCAAGAAAAUAAAGGAAGCAAUUGGUAAGAUCCCUGCUGCCACCGAGGAUCCAGAGGUACAAACUGCAUGUCCUGGCCCAUCAAGUUGUGUUAGCAACAGCAUUCAAGUGCAGGGCAGUACUGUCUGUGAUGGUAGUGUUUUCACUUCUGACUUGAUGUCUGACUGGAGCAUCUCUUCAUUUUCAACGUUCACUUCUCGUGAUGAACAAGGCUUCAGAAAUGGCCUUGCAGCAUUAGAUGCCAACAUAGCUAGACUCCAGAAGUCCUUAAGGACUGGGCUUCUGGAGAAAUGAAUUCAGAAGAAAAUUCAUCAAGUGCUUCUUUUUAAAACUAGAACUUGGCCUUAUUGAACAUGUGUUCUUCUUUAGUGAGAUGAUGUUUUUAUAUUCUUAAUUAUGUGUGAAAUAAUAAAUUGUACAAGUAAUAAAUAUAUUAUUGGGAUAUAUUGACACUGAGGAGCUUAUAAAAACAAGUCAUCUUAAGAAGUUGACAAUUGCUACAAGAAGCAAGUUGUAGAUAACUAGGAAAUUAUUGUAAGUAAUGUUUUAUUUCAGUACUUAGCAAUUAGAGUUCUUUUAUUACGAUGUACCUUCUGGAUUAAGAGUAUGGGUUGAAAGAGUUCUGUGGUUGUCCUAAAAGAUAAUGGGAAAACAAUCUCUGGAUGUAAGUUUUUCUCUUCAAACUAGAGUUUUUUGUUUGUUUCAGUGUACUUUUUUUGUUUGUUUGUUUAAUAGCAAUGUGUUUUUAUAUGGGAUGCUGUGUGCUACAGGCUAGUGUUGUUGGUGACAUAUAUAAACAUUUAUUUAAAG